AAUAAAUAUUAAUUUUUGUAUAAAAAUGUGUGACAUCCUUUUCCAUUUUAUUCAUUUUCAGCUUCAAUUUUUCGAGAGUGAAAAUGUUUUUGUACAGCCCCUGCUAUUCUAUUGGAGAAAUGAUGGAACUUAUGGCAUAUCAAGCAAAGUAUUCUGCUGUUCUUAGUCAUGUAAACUUUGUGCUAGCUCUGGCAACCUGCAUCAUAGGACUGAUUGGCAAUGCCAUCGUCAUCUUUUUCAACAUAUUUGUAAUGAAGAAGCAUAAAUCUAAAAUCUGGUUCCUGAACCUGGCCAUCACCGAUUUUGUCUCCAUCCUCUUAUUGCCUCUGCACACCAUUGCUAUGUUACAAGGUCACUGGCCCUUCGGAAAUCACAUCUGUAAGAUGUUUCUGUAUGUUAUUUCUGUUAAUACGUAUGCUAGCAUCUUUACUCUUAUAGCCUUAAAUCUCAGUCGGGUUUUGUCGGUGGCAAAGCCAAUGUUUCAUCUGAAGUUUAUAUCGCAACGUGUUUCACGAUGGACUUGCAUAAUGAUAUGGAUGAUAACCAUAUUUACCAGUCUUCCAGUUUUGAUUUUUAGUGGUGAGUUUAAAAUUGGAGACAAAAGUUAUUGCAAUUUUAAUUGUGUUAAAGACUUUGAAAAUGGGACAUUUAAUCCUACAUAUAAUUUAACUGAACCUCUAAGCUUAGAAAAGAAGAUUUCCCUAGAAGUGCACAAAGAGUUCCACUAUUUUUUCAAGGAAUGUUCACCUGAAGAAUGCUGCGGGGAUGAGAACACACUUGCUACUUGGAAUGACAUAAUAUUUUCAGCACAGUGUUUUAGUAUUCCUUUCAUGGUGAUUGGCUAUUUCAUUCCAUUCUGUGUUAUAAUAUUUUCCAAUAUAACCAUUGCUAUACAGGCCCGAAAAUCUCAGACUGUGAACACCCAACGGCUCUAUCCAAUAGUCAUUACCAUCAUUAUAGUUUACUUUGUCAGUUGGACACCGGUUAUUCUAGGUCAAAUAACUUUUUUGGCUGCUGCUAGAAAUAUGAAUUUAAUAGUCAUGUUUAAAGUCAUUACCUUUAUACCACUCCUCUGUACCAUUGCCUAUGUCAACUGUUCCUUGAACCCCAUAAUGUAUGUUCUGGUUGGCCGACAGGCAAGGGCUGGCCUUGUUGAUUUCCUAAGUAGCAUAAACCUUAACUAAAAGUACUUUUAAAGGGUGAGCCCUAAAUGGAAGAAUCAUCCAUUGUUUAGACAAGACCCCUUGUAAUCUGAACAGUGGGUGGAUGCACAGAUCUCAUUGCCAGAGACUGUGAGAGAUAUAAUACAUUUUUGGUUGGGUCAACCCAUUUACAUUAGCGUAACGCCGAAUUCUGAGCACAAUAGCCAUAUGAGAUAUAAAUCCACUUUGUGUGUACCAAAUGCCCCAACAAACCUUUUAAACAUAGCAGUGAUAUCUUCACUGUGCUGUACAUAUUGGGCUAGAUUCAGGUAGGGGCGCGCAAUCUAAUGGUGGCAAUGCGUAUCGUAUUUCCGCUAUGCCGCUGCAACUUACAGGAGCAAGUGCAGUAUUCACAAAGUACUUGCUC